UAUCGACAAGGCUUAUGCCUAUAAAUGUGCUUGAGAACAAUAGUAAAAACAAUACAUCAAAAUGAAGCUUUCGACAAUGGUGAUUGAUCUAUUCACACAUUUGUCCCUUCUAAAUUCAUCCACCUUUGCAGACCUUCCGCCCUCGUUUGCCUACUUGUUAGUUGGAACAACUUUACUCAUUUUGGUUUCAUGCUUUGCUCUCAAAUCGAAUUGUGUCUAUCUCAUAGACUUUGCCUGUUAUCUUCCAGCUGAUUACUUGCGAGCCCCAAUCUCGAACUUCACAGAACAUAUUGAGUUAAGCGGUGUGUUCAGUAGAGAGAGCCUUGAUUUCCAAGAGAGAGUUUUGGAAAGAUCAGGCGUUGGAGAUGAAGCUUGCUUGCCACUUUCAGUGCAUGAGAUACCAAUUGAAACAUCUUUGAACUCGUCUCGAAAUGAAGUGGAAGAAGUUCUUUUCACUGCUGUGGAUGAUCUUCUUUCCAAGAACAGCGUUAAUCCUAAAAGCAUUGAUAUUCUCAUAUCGAACUGCAGCAUUUUCUGUCCAACUCCAUCCAUUACUGGAAUGGUCAUAAACAAGUUUGGACUUAGGAGCAACAUAAAGAGCUUCAGCUUAAGUGGAAUGGGGUGCAGUGCUGGAAUCUUGUCGAUAAGUUUGGCUAAAGAGCUUCUUAAAGUUCACAAGAACUCGUUGGCUUUAGUUCUCAGCAUGGAAGCUGUAACUCCCAAUGGCUACAGAGGCCAUACCAAAUCCAUGCUAGUUGCCAACACUAUAUUCCGCAUGGGUGGAGUUGCUAUUUUGCUAUCAAACAAGAAGCAAGACGAGCAGAAAGCAAGAUACAAGCUUGAGCAUCUUGUCCGAACCCACAUGGGAGCUGAUGAUCAAGCAUACAACUCUGUUAUUCAACAAGUGGAUGAGGAUGGUCAUGUAGGAGUCUCCCUAUCAAGGUCACUUGUACAUGCUGCAGGAAAAGCUUUAAGGACUAAUAUAUCGGAGCUGGGGCCUCUCGUGUUGCCAUACACUGAGCAGGUCAGAUAUGGGUGGUCAUUGAUUCGCCGGAAGCUUUUUGCAGCAAGAAAAGAUGAAAUACAUGUGCCAAAUUUCAAGAAAGCUUUUGAGCAUUUCUGUAUACAUGCUGGAGGAAGGGCAAUAAUUGAUGCAGUGGAGAGUAAUUUGAAGCUGCAGAAAGAAGAUGGAGAAGCUUCAAGGAUGACACUAUAUAGAUUUGGGAACACUUCAUCUUCUUCAGUUUGGUAUGAACUCUGCUACCUGGAAGCAAAGGGAAAGGUGAAGAAAGGAGACAGAAUUUGGCAAAUUGCAUUUGGUAGUGGCUUCAAGUGUAACAGUGCAGUUUGGAAAUCCAUUUCUGAAGUCCAUCCAAAAGUAAGAAAUGCUUGGUUUGACAGAAUUCAUCUCUAUCCUGUAGAGAUGCCAAUUGUCUCAUGACAAUGGACUACCAAUUUGAUCCUACAAUAAUCUGCCAUGGAUGUGCUUUGGUUAUUUCUACAUCAGUACUAAAUUUGAAAGAUAAUGGGUGAAAAUGAACCUAUCUAUAGUUGAACAAAUCUUGAUCCAACAUGCCUACCUUUAUUUUCCUUCAGCAGCUAAAUACAUACAAUCAAUGUUAUAAAACUCGAAUCGAGCUAGUGAAUUAAUCUGGCA